GGAGAGAGAAAGAGAGAUCCCGAACGCACAAUCAAAAAAUUCAAAAUCUCUAAAUCUCUCGCAAAUAUGGCAUUUCACGUAGCUUGUCCAAUUACAUGUCGAAGAAUUUGCUUCUGUCCGCUUGGAUUUGCUCCGGAGUUGCAGAAUGGUAGGGCUAAGAAUGAGUUUCUUGAUGGGGUUCAUAAGGUGGAGGAUUUUCUCAAGGAUCCUUGGGGAAUUAGGGUUAAUAAAGAUGGAAAGGGAACGACGGUUCAAGUGUGGGUUCCGAAGGUUGCGCCGCCUCCACCACCAGUGCUGCAGCCUGUUGGGGUUGUCGGUGAGGCGUUUGGUGGAGCUGAUGGUGUUGAUGAGAUGACGGCGGCGAUGUCGGCUCAAACGAAGCGUAUUGCGCUUCAGCGUAAGGCGGCUGCUGCUAUGAUUGCUGCUGAGGACUACGCCAGACGGUUCGAGUCUGGGAAUUUAGUGGAUGCCUCCGGUAAUCUGGUGGAGGAAGAGCAGGGGCAAUCCAACAUCAAUGUAAUGUGUAGGAUAUGUUUUUUUGGUGAAAAUGAAUCGAGUGAGAGAGCAAGGAAGAUGCUUUCGUGCAAAAGUUGUGGCAAAAAAUACCAUCGCAGCUGCUUGAAAUCCUGGGCUCAACAUAGGGAUCUAUUUCAUUGGAGUUCAUGGACCUGCCCUUCCUGCAGAGCAUGCGAGGUAUGCAGAAGAACUGGUGAUCCUAAUAAAUUUAUGUUCUGCAAAAGGUGCGACGGUGCGUACCAUUGUUACUGUCAGCAUCCUCCUCACAAGAAUGUUAGUUCUGGACCUUAUUUGUGUCCAAAGCAUACGAGGUGCCAUAGCUGUGGGUCUAAUGUUCCAGGAAAUGGCCAAAGUGUGAGGUGGUUUCUGGGAUAUACAUUUUGUGAUGCAUGUGGCAGAUUAUUUGUAAAGGGGAACUAUUGCCCUGUGUGUUUGAAGGUUUAUAGAGACUCGGAAUCAACUCCGAUGGUUUGCUGUGACACUUGCCAGCGCUGGGUACAUUGCCAAUGUGAUAGUAUCAGUGAUGAAAAAUAUUUACAGUUUCAAAUGGAUGGGAAUCUCCAGUACAAAUGCACCGCAUGUCGUGGAGAAUGUUAUCAGGUUAAGAAUCUGGAUGAUGCUGUUCAAGAGAUUUGGAGAAGAAAGGAUGAUGCCGAUCGUGAUCUAAUUGUUAAUUUGAGGGCUGCUGCUGGAUUACCCAUUCAAGAAGAAAUAUUUUCGAUUUCACCUUAUUCCGAUGACGAAGAAAAUGGUCCUUCUGUUAUUAAGAACGAGUUUGGACGUUCAAUAAAGCUGUCUCUGAAAGGGUUAGGGGACAACAAAGUGCCCAAGAAGAGUAAAGAUUAUGGGAAAAAAUCGUCGAAUAAGAAGUAUUCAAAAGAAAAAGUUUCUCAGACUCCCGUUGCCGAUCAGUCUGAACUAGAAGGGCAUAACGAUGUUCAACAAUACGGAUUUGGCGAAGGUAACGACAAAAAUGGUGGUUUGCAACCCCAAAAUAAUAAAGGCACAUAUUCAUCUCCUGUUGCUGGUAGUCUUGGCCACCAUGAAGGAAUGUGCUCUAUUAAUCAGCCAGGGGUGUUGAAACACAAGUUUGUGGACGAGGUGAUGGUAAGUGACGAAGAAAGGACUUCAAAAGUUGUUCAAAUCAAGGCCAACAAGACUCCUGGUUUGGAAACUGGAGAAGAUGCAGGAAAACACGCCAGUAAGUCGAAGACAACGAAAGGAAAGAAGCUAGUAAUAAAUCUAGGUGCCCGGAAAAUUAACGUAGCUAAUUCCCCAAAGUCGGAUGCUUCGAGCUGCCAAAGAGAGCAAGAUUUGGUUACCUCAAAUGGAGACAAAGUCGAUAACUCGAGCCAAUCAACAGGACCGAAGGCGGUUGAAAUGGAGAAGAGCCUUCCUAGCUAUGGGAAAGUUAGAUUUGGAUCUUCCGACACGAAUUCUGCAUUUGGCAGGACAAAUACUGCCAGUGGAUCUGAAGUUGGUACUCCAGAUGGCCCUCGGGUAUUUUCUCGUAAAAGAAACGUGGAAGGAAGCACACCUACAGUUGGUUCUCUCAGCGACGUUUCCACGGUAAAAGAAGAGAAGGUAGCUUCAGGAAAGCAACAUGAAAGUGGAUCCCAUAUAUGCAAUGAUGGAAAUGAUGAUAGUUCUCAGACACCUCUACCACAGUCUUUGCCCAGAGACUCAAAACCUUUGUUAAAGUUCAAAUUUAAGAAACCGACCCUCGAAAAUCAAGCUUCUUCUCACGAGGAAGAAAGAAGUCUUGUCAAAGGCCAGCGGUCGAAAAGGAAAAGACCAUCGCCCUUAAUGGAGAAAAUAUACUUCAAUGAAGUCGAAGACAUGGCACGGUCUCGUCAAGAUAAUUUGUUGGAUGAGAUCAUGGAUGCUAAUUGGAUUCUCAAAAAAUUGGGUAAAGAUGCAAUUGGAAAGAGGGUUGAAGUCCAACACCCAUCAGACAAGUCAUGGCAGAAAGGAGUGGUUUCAGACAUGAUUGAUGGCACGUCGACAUUAUCAGUCGAGGUCACCCUCGACGACAACAGAGUAAAAACGUUGGAACUUGGGAAGCAAGGAAUUCGGCUCGUUCCUCUUAAGCAAAAGAGAUCGAAAUCAUGAAGGUGGCUGAAGAGGCAGUGUGUAACUAAUAUCACGUGGGAUUUUCUUCUCCAUUGUAUAUGCAGUGUAUAUGGAGAUAUGAUUCUUUGGAGGAUUUGGAGGAGGAAGCAAACAGUGGCUUUCUGGUUGCUUCGUGUGGAAAGCUGGUCUCUAUCUAACUCAACCAGAUCCUGUAAUCCCUUGAAGAACAAGAACUGGGUAGCUCACUUCUCUUGUAGUUCUAUUAAGCUCUCUGCCAUUUUGAUAAAUUUAUAAAGUUUUAAUUCUUCUAGGAUAAUACCAUUGUCAUAGAAUAGGGAAUGGACAGUCGGCCUAAAUGGCCAUUUGGGUUGUAUUGGCUAGAACUCUUGUUCAAUGAAAGUAUGAGAUUUUUUUUAAUUUAUUUU